AGAAAUGUUGUUACUUCGACUUGAGUGGUGAAACGAUCUUUGAUUAAUUUGUAUGAAUUAUUUUGAUCAAAAGUUCAAUUUGAAAAUUAAAUGACAUUUUUCAUUUGAUACCUUUGUGCUGCAUUGUUCUAAGUAUCGAAUAAAGUGGCGUAAAUUUUUGGAAUACAAUGUCGAAGUUUGAAGACAAUCCAUUUAGUGAUCCCGCCAUAGACAACCCUUUUGCCGACCCAGCAGUUCAACAAGUUGCAAGGAGUACAAACAAUGCUACCCAAGGGCUGGAUGAUUACAAUCCAUUUGAUAGCCAACAAAUUGCAAAUCAAGCUACAAUGCAGCAACAGCCCACUCAACCUGCCAUAAUGCAGGCUGUCUUACCACCGACUACAGGACAGUAUACAAGACCAAGCCAACAAUCACAGCCAACUCCUGGACCACCUACAAACUUUUCCACUGCUGAAUUACAGCGUCGGCAAGAGGAACUAGAGCAGAAAGCGGAAGAGCUAGCAAGACGCGAAGCUGAACUUCGCGCAGGAUCGGCUGGUCGGAGAAAUAACUGGCCGCCACUACCUUCCUUCUGCCCGAUACAGCCUUGCUUCUACCAGGACAUCAAUGUUGACAUACCACUCGAGUUUCAGAGAAUUGUUAGACACUUGUACCAUUUGUGGAUGUUUCAUGCUUUGGUGCUUGCGUUAAAUAUAGUCGGCGGUCUUGCGCUUGCGAUUGCUGGAGAAGGUGUCACAGUAUUUGGCCUGUCCAUUCUGUACUUCUUGCUGCUAACACCAUUCAGUUUCAUCUGCUGGUACAGACCGAUAUACAAGGCCUUCCGAAGUGACUCCUCGUUCAAUUUUAUGGUGUUCUUCUUUAUAUUCAUGCUCCAAGGCAUCAUCACUUUGGUGCAGUCCAUCGGAUUCAGUGACGGAGGUUCAUGCGGGCUGAUAACAUGUAUCGCCACUUUCAAAGUGAGCGUGGGUGCUGGCAUCAUAACACUGUUGGUCACUAUUGGGUUCAUCAUGGCUGUGGUUGCUGACAUCAUGCUCAUUACGAAGGUACAUCGCAUAUACCGGUCGACGGGCGCAUCACUCGCCAAGGCGCAGGCGGAGUUCACGAGCGAGAUCCUCCGCAACCAGCACGUGCAAGGCGCCGCUACCAACAUGGCCGCCGCCGCAGUCAACUCGCAGUACAACACCAACCUCGGCACUAACAGAUACUAGAUAAUUUGACAAACGAAUUAGAGAACAGCAUUUAAUGGAGAGCUACGACGGAGCACAUAAUUAAUAUUUAAUAAUAGCAGAUAUUUACUUACUUAGAAAAUAUAAUAUAUAAAACACUAAAAUUGAAAGAUGUCAAAAAGUAUUAUAGUGUGGUUAAUACAUUUUUAUUAAUUUCCCCAGUUUUCAGUCACUUCAGACUAACAAAUGAUGGAGUUUGGAUUUAUACAUAGAAUUGUGUGUAUAGAGAACAUGUAUUAAAAUUAAUGCUUCAGUUUGAUGAUUCACUGUGAAACAGAAAAGUGUUGCCGCAUCUUUACUACUGUUCUUAAACUUUUAUCAUCAUUGUUAUUAUAAUUUCUCAUGUCUCCAUGUAUAACUAUUCAGGUACAAUUUGUUAAAUUAUAAAUUUGACAAUAUGUUAAUGGCAUUAUGUUAUAUUGAUUGUUUUGGUACUGUUGAGAUUCAAUUUGUUUUAAUCAAUAAAUUUUUCUUGUUGUUAAUGUCGCAAUAAUAGAUUUUUUUUAAACUACCCACAUUUUUAUCAAAUCAAUAGUUAAUUUGAAUGCAUAUUUAACUUAUAUUAAUAUCUUGUAAUAUACUUGGAUAGUCAACCGUGGUAUCAAUAAUAUGAUUAGUGGCUCGAUUCUUUAUAGUGUAGGUAUGGCUCUGUUUCUAUUUAAGCAUAUUAAUAAAUAAUGAAAAUAUUAUAUACCUAUCUAAUUGAUAUUUUAUUGUACUUGUUUUACAUUGUUUUUGCUUAAUUGUAAUAUCUGUACAGAUUGUAAUAUAUCAGCCAAAAUAUUAUAUGGCUGUGUUUAACUUAAUAUCUUUUCUAUAAUGGUUAGUUACAAACAUCUAAUAAUAAUUUUAAUUGGAAUAAAAAAAAAUUGGAGAUAAUUUUUUGCACAUUAUAAUUUCAGCAUGCCCAGAGUUUUUAAUUCUAUAAGAAUUUCGUUACAAAUAUAUUUUGUUUUUUAAACCACAUGAGCUUAUGGAACGCUUUAAUAUAUAGUAAAUACUAAGUUGCGUUGUCUGCCCUAUAUUCUUGUGUAUAUUUAUAUAAAUUCUAUUUAUACCCAAGUACAGAAAGUUUUGCGGUAAAGUUCAGAUUAUGCGAAAGGGCUAAAGGCUCCUCUAGUCUAAAUAUAUAGUAUAAUGUGACAAAGUGACUCAUAGUUUGUUAAAUGGGAGGUCUGCUUUGAAGUCAAUCCAUCUAUAGCCAGUACUAUGUAGUUGUAAACUCCAGUAGAUAAUUUAACAUUAAAUUGACACUAAAUAGUAACUCCAAACAUAUUGACUGCCGGGAUAAGAUAUAUCACAGAUAAAUGUUCAAUUCAGAGGCGCGUUCAGGACCUACGCUCAAACUAUCAGUUGACGCAACUCGCUCGUUCGGGAUCUCACAGAGUUGUAACUAAUUAACCAUCAACAUAGAUGGUUGGAAGACUCUGGCAACUGACGUUUAUAAAGAAUAUUUCGAUGGCAUUGCACGCUCUUAUCAACUAUUGACACUUGCAUGACUUUGACGUUAUAACUCAGGUACCUAUAUGUCAAUAUCACUUGUAAGCAAGUUAAAAAACCCGUAUAACCGCACCCUGAGGCCGUGAACGUUUCUCAGUGUUCAUGAAAUUGACAUGUCAUUUCAAGCGGACGAUCGAAAGUCCAAAAUUAAAUAAAGUAAGCAAGUAUGCUAUAUAAUAUUGUAAUUGUCUCGAUAAAGGAAUUUGACUUAUUAAUGUACAUUCCAAAUUGUUCUUGUACAUAUCGCUUUAUGCCCUUCGUAUAUUCUACUUGUGUGUGUCUGACUGUUAUUCGAACUGUUACUUAAUAAUGUAUGUUUGUGUGAGCAUUCUUGCCCUAUGUGUGUUAAUAUCUUAGAUGCACAAUAAAUUAAACAAAUAUUUAUACAUAUAUAACUAGUCAUGUAACUGACAACUUCGCUUUGAUUCACCGUUCAGAUUUGUAUCGAGAACUUAGUUCCGAAUUGUCUUCAAAGGAACUGAUCAUGUUUUCAUACAAAUAUUUGUUCUAGGUGUUUCUAAGUCUUGACAAGGGCUGGCUCAAGAGUACUGGAAUGAAUAUAUUUGAAUUAAUACCUAUUAGUAAUUACUUGAUUUAAAUAAUGGAUAUUUGUGUAUCUAGGCCUAGUUUAAUGUAAAUUAUUGUCGACCGUCCUUACCCGGGUAAGUGAAGGUAUAGAUUUAUCUUGUUUAAUUAACUGUUUUGUAACGAUUUAAGUCAUGUUAAACUUAUGAUUAAUAAUAAUAUUUAGUUUCCGAAA